AAAAGAGCAACAGAAUGAGAACUCAUAUUCCAAUACUCUGAAGAAGGGAGCCCCACAAAGAAGACCCCUUACAUUUAUAAUGUAUCUACGAAGACCCAGGUGGUUAAAACACCUCAAAUUGAAACUGCCCCACCCGCCAAACGGCUGAGAAAGCCGUUCUCGAGUGAAUUUCAUUAUUUGUUAUUAUUGAUGUUUAAUUUUGGAUAGCUUUCAUAUACCGAGAACUGAAAAAGUUCAAAAAAUAUGGCUAGAGAGAAUCGGUAGGAAAGAAAUAAAACAGUCACGCCAACCUCAAUUAUAUUUGGUGUGCGAGAACCAUUUCCAUAAGGAUUGUUUGACCCAAGUAAAAAACUAAUGAGAUUUUCAUUGCCAACCCUCAAUUUACCAGAAUACUGUGCUGAUCCAAAUGAGAAAGACAUAUUCUUCUACGAUACAUGUAUUGAAACAUGUGUUAAAACAUCAUCCAAGAAGGAGGAGUCACCAAGUAUAGCAUCAGCUUUAGUAGAUUCUGAGGAAGAUUUGAGGGUGCUGGUUCCAACAAAGUGGUAUCGAAAACAAAAGGGAAAAAAUGUUUUGAGAGAAACGGAAAGAGCAAUUUCUCAAGCUAUAAAAGAAGAAUCCCAACCUUCAAGACAAGAAUAUUCUGAAGAAGUAGAGUGGUAA